AUGAUCAAUUUCAGGCGAAGGGCGCAGCAACAACUACGAUUGGUGCCAUUGGAGGGGGUGUUCGGUGGGUUUGCUCGACGGAAGGGGAAGAGGAGUGCGAGGCUUGGGUCUCUCGGUCGUCGUUUGAUUCGAGAGAGAGGGAACGAACAGAAGCAUCACUUCAAACACGAUGAUUGGAUAGAAAACAUGAAGGCAGAGAAUUUGUUCGAUGAUUGUAGAUUUAUCGCGAUGAAAAGGGAGCAGGACGGAAGCAGUGAAGCUCCUUUUUAUCUACUCCGGCAGUGUGAUAUGAGGGGAGGAGAUGGCUGGAUCAAGGGAAGCAAUCAAGCGGCAAUUAGCAACUCCAGCGAGGAUUUUGGCACCAAUACUCGAUAG